CUCGAAGUAAAAUGCCAGAACACAAGGAUAUAAUCAAGCCAGGCAGCGCCCGUUAGCAUCCACUAAUCCAUCAGGCAGUCUUUUUUCCCCGUUACUCUUGAACGACAGGCAGUACUCACACCUUACUUGCAUUCCAACUUUCUAUCUCCAAGAUGCUUGCAGCUGUUGAUCUCCGUCCCCUUGUUGGUCUUCUCUUCGUUCUCUUCUCCUUUAUCGCUGGCUGCUAUCUCGCUAGGUUUCCUGUUCCCCAUUCCGUGAAUGAAGCAGAAAAUGAAGGAACAGGGUUUGAUGUCCUUGACGCGCGCGGCUUGGUUCAGCAAGCUGCCGUGGAAUUACUCGGGACAUUGAGAGAGGUUGUUGCCUCAUUGAAAUCGUUCAAGGAUCACGACUGGAAAAUCCUGAUUUCCGGUGACUUAGCCGUCGCCCACUGGACUGAGCAUGCAGAGAGAUACGAGCUUGAAUUCACCAUUGUGCUGCCCGACAAGCUCAAGCCAGAUGACUUACUGAACAGACUGCGCCGGCACUAUGAGCCUAGGCUACGUGAAGAUCCAAGAAACAAAGGCUCUUUUGACUGGGGGAGAAUGGGUCCCCUUUAGAUGAAGACUUGCCUGAACGCCAGGGCAUACGACCGGAGAGGUCAUGCCAAGUCUGUCUAGCAUCUUCUUGUCCUCUGCAAUGGAACAGAAUACUGAAAAGCGUUGGGAAAGGCUC